AAGAUGGCCUCUCUCGCUGCUGAGCAGCAAAAUUCUCCACUCACAAACAAUAAUGACCUGCGGCAUGUAACCUCGAAUGUAAACCUAGCGAGUCCGCCGAAGGAGCAUAGACUGUCCCAGAGAGCCUCUCAGCACCUCCGUACUGGCCGCCUUGGCUCUCGCUCGCCGGCAUCGAUACCUUCAUCUCCCACUUCCGUUCAUUCCUCUUCGUCUGCCAUUUUCGAGCGGGACAUCGAACCACUCACACCGUCCACGCCCCUCCAUCAUGCUACAGAUCCCCAUCGCAUCCCGCGAGGAAAGUUGAGCGAGCAACUCGACCAGUCUGUCCCAUCGGUGCUUGAUAGUGCUGCGGAGAUGCUCACUGCGGACCCCGACGAUAAAGACAGCAUGGACUUCAUCGCUGUAGUCACCCCAGUGUCCUUUGAUCAUCUCCCACCGAUCUCGCUCGGUCCUCGCAGCGGCUUCACGUCUCCGAUCUCGCAAAUGAGCAGUCGCAGUCCGAGCCCGAAUGGCAUGUCAAACCGGAAAAGUGUCAUCCUGGGCCUUCCGUCACCCACUCCAAGCUUUACAAUGCCUCUGCCCGGCCAGACACAGUCCCCGGUCGUAAGCACUUCCCCACCGAUGCGUCCCGCAGUUCAAACAAACUCGCCGAGCCAAGCGCCAGCGCCUUCUAUCUCAACACCUACUUCUGCCUACUUUUCUGUCCACUCGGAGGAGUCCUCGCCGACGACAGCCACCCAUGUCGAGCACCCGCUGCACACACUAUCUUCUUCUACGAGUUCUGCAACACCCACAACGGUCAGCGGUGGCCUCGCCUCACACGCUCCUCCAUCGCCAAAGAACCCAUCAAAGCGGCUCUCGUUCCUCUCCUACACGGACCUCCUAACCUCCGUGCCCGCGUCAACGCACCCCCUCUCAAGCUUCACCCAGUUCAACGAACCGCCACCGCAUCUCUCCAGCGUGAUCGGCAUCCCUCAGGCACAAGCACAGCUUUCCUCGGGCGCCGCGAGCAUCCAUGGCUCGCUAAAGGCCUCAGCCUGGAUCACCGAGCGCGACCCUGCCACUGAUCUCGUCAACGACGUCGGCGGCGAGUGGGAGCGCGAGGGCCUCGGAAGGGGCUUGGAGGAGCGUCUUGAGACUCUCAUGGUGAACGACCCCGCGAGCCCCAUUCCAGCGGCUGUGUCCGCGGCCGGAGUCAAGGAAUGACCGGCUUUGUAGCCUCCUUCCUUGUGUUCCCUGUGUAUAGGUUGGGCCUGCUAGGUGAGAUACGGAAACCCUUCACGAUCUAACGACCUCGCUUUGCUUCAUUUAUAUCUGCUCGCGCUUUUCGGCUCUCUGCUUCUGCCCCGCCCCAAGAUAUCCCUUUCUGUUUUUUGGCGUCUCGUUCUCAUUUGUGUUUCGGGCCUGUGCUAGUUAUGUGUUUUAUUGUGUUGAUGACGACUACAAGAUAAAUUGCCAGAAUGUGGACCUAGCUUAGUGAUUUUUUGACCAUUUUAUUAUAUCGUACCGCGCCUCCCCCGUAAUCUCUUUCUUUCUUCGUCUCAUCUUCCCUCGGCCUCCGUUAUCGUUCGUGCUUAUCCUCCCUCGUUUCUUUGUUAACGAAGUUGGCGGCCUGUGGUGUCCAGAGGUCCUUGUAUACGUAGAGCCAUAGGUUCGUUCACGAAUUUAUGUAAACUGUUUAU